AUGACUCUCGUGUCUCGUAGGUGGCGUCACUUAUGGGAGCAUUUGCAGGUUUUCGACUUUGAUGAGGACUCCUUUGAUACAGUCCAAGAGUCCAAAAGGUUCAAAAAAUUUGCACUUUUCGUGAAUGCUGUACUCGCCUUCCGCAAAUCCCGCGACAUUCGAAACUUUCAACUCACAUGCGACAUUCAAAGUUCCAACCAUCGUUGUGACUGCGCUGAUAUGUGGAUCCGUGCUGCCAUUAACCCCAGCCUUGAAGAACUGUCUCUCUCCAUUGUCGCCGACUACCGGUUUGACAAGGACGUGGUCCUCCCUCGUUCGCUUUUGAAUUGCACCAAUCUUGUUUCCCUCUGUCUUGUUGGUGGUAUCAGAAUCAAUCUUCAAUAUUUUGAGCUUCAUUUUCCAUCACUUAAGUUCCUCAAACUCGAUGCGGAUAUUGUUGAUUCCGAAAUUGACUUGCUCUCUGCCUGCCCCGUCCUUGAAACUCUGCACCAUAUUUACUUUGUAUCCGAAUAUUGGACCAUAGUUCCUGUGCCACCCUCUUCUCAGAGGUUGAAAUUUACCGGUGGAAGUUUCUCUUGGACUUUCCUUCAAGUAGGCAAAACAACAUUGGGCAUCAUUGGCAACUUGCAGAGUAUGGUGGAAGCGUGCAUUGACUUCUUUCCCUCGCAAAAAUGUGAAUUUGUCGACCCUAUUCUCGACUGCCUCCUAGUCGAUGAUCCGUCAGAGAUACAGUUGCGUCAUUCAACAUCAAAGUGGUCACUUCGCUCUCGGAUUCUAAACCAUCCAGAAUUUUGCUAUUUACUUCAUCUAAAGUUCAUUCUUCCAUGUUUCAACACAAAUCUUAUAGUCAAUGUGCUUGAGAAGUGUCAUAUGAUCGAAGUUUUCAUAAUCCAGUGCAACAAGGAGGAACAACCACCUUUAAGGACAUGGGACCCAGAGUCAACAACAGUUCCUAAGUGUCUCAAAUCCCACCUGAGUUAUAUUCACAUAGAAGGAUAUCAAGGAUUUGAAGAUGACUUGACAUUUGCUGAAUAUAUUUUGCGCAACGGACUUGUUUUGAAGACAAUGCUUAUUUUUGUUGAUACUUCAAUGGAUCAAACAAUUAAGUACUAUUCUGUCAAAAGAUUAACUGAUAUACCUAGGGGAUCCAACAUGUGUCAACUUAAAUUUGACCCAACUGUAUCUUCUUAAGUGUGUAUUUGGAGUGCUAUGAUUUGGGAUGCUGGCAAAAUCAUGUUUGUUCAAAUUCUUGGGGCUUCAUUAACAAGAUGACAUUGAUAUCAAAACAUAUAAAUAUGUAUUUUGCAUUUCAGCAUGUAAGUUUUUUUUGGUUGGCUAAUAUCAAGACAUGAUAUGUCAAAGGUCAUACCAAUUUUGUUUAAAAAUCAUUGGAAAAUCCGAGUCAUCACCUUUAAA